CAGACGGGACCCUGCACAUUUUAUUUAUUCCCUCACCCUCCUUCACCCACUCUUUGUUGUUUCUUGGGAGAGAGAAAGAACGAAAAAAAAAAAAAGAAGAAGGGAGAGGAAAAAAAAAUAAAAAAAACACCACACAGGAGGAGGCAGGAGCCUAUUUUGCCUCCCAGGCAAUAUUUCUGGAGCCAAUCGGAAUGCGCACCCACCCUGCCCUGCUCCCUAAUUAAAGGCUUUAAGCAGGCGGCCGGGGCUGGAGGUUUGGGCACAGUCUCUCGGUGGCUCCUCACGAAGCAGCCGCAGCAGCCGGAUCCCGCUCGGGGCACUCCAGGGCCUCGGCAGACGCCAGGUUGGGGGGACCCCGGCCCGGGCAGGCAGCUGCCCCCUCCCCGCUGCCAGCCAUGAGCGGCUCUUUCGAUAAGAAGCUCUCCAGCAUCCUGACGGACCUCUCGGGUUCGCUGAGCUGCCAUGCAGCCUCCAAGGACUCUCCCACCCUGCCCGAGUCCUCGGUCACCGACCUGGGCUACUACACGGGCCAGCACGACUACUACCCGGGCCAGUCGUACGGGCAGCCCGUGGGUCACUACCCCUACCCCCAAUUCAACCUCAACGGCAUCGGCGCCGCCGGCACCUACUCGCCCAAAUCCGAAUAUUCCUACAGCCCCUCGUACCGCCAGUACGGGCACUUCAGGGAGCAGCAGCUGCCGGCGCAGGAAGCAGUGUCGGUGAAGGAGGAGCCGGAGCCGGAGGUGCGGAUGGUCAAUGGGAAGCCCAAGAAGAUCCGCAAGCCCCGCACCAUCUACUCCAGUUACCAGCUGGCCGCCCUGCAGCGCCGCUUCCAGAAGGCGCAGUACCUGGCACUGCCCGAGCGCGCAGAGCUGGCGGCACAGCUGGGGCUCACCCAGACCCAGGUGAAGAUCUGGUUCCAGAACCGGCGCUCCAAGUUCAAGAAGCUCUACAAGAACGGCGAGGUGCCCCUGGAGCACAGCCCCAACAACAGCGAUUCCAUGGCCUGCAACUCUCCCCCGUCCCCGCCGGUGUGGGACAGCCCCGGGGGCAGCGCCCGGACCCCGCUGCCGCAGCCGCUGCCCUACAGCUCCUCUCCGGGGUUCCUGGAGGAUCACAACCCCUGGUACCACCCCCAGAACCUCGGCGGCCCCCACGGACCCCACCAGGCACAGGCAGCCCCCCCGAUGCACCACCCGUCCCCCGGACCCCCCAGCACGGGCUCCGUGUACUGAUGGAUGUGAGGGAGCUCAGAGACGCUGCACGAUUCUUUGGUUUCUUUUCCUUCCUUCCCCCUUCUUCCCCGUUUUUGGUUUUGUCUCCUUAUUUUUUCCUAAAAAAGAAAAAACAAAAAAAAUAAUAAUAAUAAUAAUAAAAAAAAUAAAAAGAAAAGAAGAAAAAAACGCAAAGAAACCAAAGGAAAGGACACCCCCGCGCACCCCUAGGAAUCCUCUCAGCUCAUCUCAGGAACCAGAGGACUGCAAAGGCUUCAAACGCUCCCAGCGCAGGAAAAGGUGGAAAAUCCGGAAAAUCCUUCUGCUACUUCUGAAUUUUUGAGGUUUUUCCAUCACACCCCUCCCUCAUCCCCCUCCCCCAAGAUAAAUUUGACCCCCGAGGAGCCUCAUCCCUCGCCGGAGCUUUGCCUGUUGGGGUGACCCCUCUGAGUGACCCCGGGACCCCGCCGCGAUGGAGGAUGUGUGUCGCCACUGUCGCGAUAGGGGGAGUGCCUGUCCCCAGCGGAGCUUGGCCCUGGCUCCGAAAUCCACGGAGCGGGAGCGGUUUUGGGGAUCACGGACAUUUUUUUGGGGUCACGGACAUUUUUUGGGGGUCACGGACACCCCCCCGCGGAAGCAAAGCAGGACCCUCAUCCCGGCCGGAAUCACCCGGGACGAUGCUCAGACCAGAAGGUGGUGAUUUA